AACAUAAUAUCAGGCGAAAUUAUUUGGAUGUUCUAUUUUACUUUCAUACGAUAUUUUUCACAGAAUUUAAUUAGAUAUUCAAACAAAAUAUUGGUUAAUCUUCUUCCAAGAUGGAGAGUUCCACGCUCAAGUACAUGAUGACUAUCCUAGCCUUCGUGGUGUAUAUAGUUUCACUCAUAUUCUCCUACCUUAAUUCACUCUCUGGAAUGGGUGGGAAUAAAAACGAGACAAAUGAGACUGCUUUUGGAGGGUUAUAUCUCAACACAAUUAGAGAGUUAUCAGACAAAUAUGAGAGCAAUAUUCAACCGGCAAACUGGACUUUUGGUGUCAUUUGGCCGAUUAUUUAUCUCUGGAAUGCAAUUGGUGCAUUUUACAUGAUUGUAGCUCUCUGCCUCAAGAAAGAGGAUAGUCCAACAGUGAGAGAAAAGCCUUUGAUUCCUCCAGUAACCCUGAUAUUCUGGUGUCUGAGCUGGUCAACAUCUGUGGCAUGGAUUUUUGCAAACGACAGAGAGAUUUUGGGACUAGCAAUGUUCUUCAUACUCGCAGCUUGCUGGGUUACUUAUGCUGGUCUUGCAUUCUCGUAUCGGAGUUAUUACCCUGAAGUCGAAGAGCUAAAAGCACAGAAUCCAAAAUUGCUUUGGCUUGUCCGUAUCAUUUUCCACAAUGGAUAUGCGAUUCUGGCAACAUGGUUGACGUGCGCUUGGAAGCUGAUGUUGGCAACUGUGAUCACUUACAAGGGCAGCAUGGGAAGUCCUGUUGCAGAGCUGAAUGGUUCACUGACAGCUGAAGACGCUGGCACAAUCUCUCUUGUCAUCCUCCUGUUAGAGAUCAUAGUCUGGUUUGUACUGGAAAACUUCGUUUUUGAAAAAUAUUGUCGCUACACUCUUACCAUCUACCCUACUCUUGUGUUUGCAUUGAUUGGAGCUCUCGUUGGGAAUUACGUCAGUCCCUUCUCAAGGAAUAUGUAUCUGUCUCUCACCGGUUUGAUUCUUUCAAUUCUUGCUCUGAUCGCUCGUACUGUGCUGGUUGCUUACAGGCAUAGGAAAGGAAAAGUGGAUGUUGCCUAGAGCAGGAGCUUCUCAAACUUUUGGUGUUAUGGAGAUGCAGAGGUUUACUAUUAUUUACGGACCCCCACAAUAAUUUCAUAAAAAUAAAAACCCAUCGUUAUUUACCCCAGACUUACCCCAUUUACAGAGCCCACAAUAAGUUCAUAAAAAGGAAAACCCAUUGUUAUUUACCCCAGACUUACCCCAUCUUCUGAGCUCCACAAUAAGUUUAUAAAUAUGAAAACCCUAUUUUACUUACCCCAUUUAGGGAGCUCCACAUUGUUACUUACCCCUGACUUACCCCAUUUUUAGAGCCCCGAAAUAAGUUUAUAAAUAUGAAAACCCCUUUUUACUUACCCCAUCUAUAGAGCCCCACAUUGUUACUUACCCUUGACUUACCCCAUUUUUAGAGCCCCACAAUAAUUUUAUAAAUAAAGAAACCUCUUUUCACUUACCCCAUUUAUGGAGCCCCACAUUGUUACUUACCCCUGACUUACCCCAUUUUUAGAGCCUCGAAAUAAGUUUAUAAAUAUGAAAACCCCUUUUUACUUACCCCAUUUAUGGAGCCCCACAUUGUUACUUACCCCUGACUUACCCCAUUUUCAGAGCUCCAUAAUACGUUUAUAAACAUGAAACUCAUUGUUCCUUACUGAUCAAUGUUGGUGAGUAAAUUAAAGUUUAUUUAAUGACUCAGAUGUAUUUGCUGCUCGGAUGUAUUAUUUGCCAUUAGGCCUAUUGCUUUUUUAGACAGUUACGAAAUUAGCCAAGCCUUUAGGUUUCUUUCAUGAACCCAUAUUUUGUAAUGUAAAAAAAAUCAUAUUCCUGUAGCAUACAUGGCAUUUUUUUGCAGUUUGAAACGAUUUUUAGACUCUCAGUAAAGUGAGAAAGUUAACUGAAUAUUGAUUAAAGUUGUUGAAAAAAAUUAAAAUUUAAUAAAUGUUGGUUUUGAUUUUUCUUCUAAAUCCUGGCGUGGCUCUGUACAAACAAACUCUGCACAAACGAAAAUUUACCUGUGUUAUCAUCAUUUAAUUUCUAUCAUUCAUUUUAAAUUCAAUUCAAGCUACUAUUUCUCAACACACACUUUCCUAACAAAAUUUCAAAUUCAGUUUUGUUGUGACUUAUAAAAGAAACCAUCAGAUAAUCAUUCUCCAAACGAUCCAAUAUCGCCUUUCUUGCCAGAUUAUAUUCCCAAGCUGAAGUUCUUAAUACGAAAGUGUCAUCGUGAAAUAGUCAUUUGCCCUUUUAUUAUAUUUCUUUACUAAUCCAUAUAUCAGAGCGAAUGCUUCUUCAUAAAGUUUUUUUUUUACUCAAGAUUAUUAACUUAAGAAAAAUAUUGUUGUGAGGUUGUGAAUAUAUUUACCGAUAGUUACUUUUUGCGUUUUGUUGUUUGUUCGCUUUUGUAAGCUGCUGAUUUUAACACAGGAUAGACCAGUGGUUCUUUACCUUUUGAUAUAUAUUUAGUUACCUAUUUCAUUUCGUUUUUGUGUUGCUUUUAAAAACGCUGUGAAGUUUAUAAUUGUUGUUACGAGUAGUUACUUAUUUUGUUUUUGCUGCUUCUUGCCUUCCUUUUACAAAUUCCUAGUUUUUAGUCGGAGUCAAAGCUUGGUAUAAUUGUAUUUUCAAACCUACAGACUUGUGGUGAUAAUCGAAUAAAAUAUUCAACAAAAAUUUUAAAAAUGAUUUUACAAGGAC